AGAUGAGACAGAGGGCUAAAGGUGCUUCUUUGAAGCCUAAUCCAAUUAGUUCUGCCACAAAUCAAGAAAAUAGUGGUGGAGAAGGGGAAAAUUCGUUGAAGGAUAAGAAUGUAGCUCUGAUUGCUAAGAGGUCAAGUUAUGUAGUGUUUACAUUGUUUGUGUUGGUUAUAUAUGGGGCUUGGGGUGUGUAUCAUUACCAGUUUGAGAGUCUGCCUGUACCCUUGGCACUCGAGCAUGUCGGAAAGAGAGGGUUUUCGGAGCAUGAGGCCAUGAAACACGUCGAAGCUUUGACUCAAUUAGGCCCGCAUACUGUUGGUUCUGAUGCUCUGGAGAGUGCAGUGAAGUAUGUGACAGAAGCAGCAGAAAUUAUAAAGAAAACAGCUCAUUGGGAGGUUAAUGUGGAGGUUGAUCUUUUCCAUGUAAAAUCUGGUGCUAACAAUAUGGUUGAGUUGAAGUCAGAUGAUUCUGAUGCAUCUUCGGAUGAUCCUGCAUCGUCAGCAACCAUCGCUUUCUUCUUCGCAAAUUUCUGUUCUCUCUUGGCUUUCAUCUCCUUUCACUCAGACUGUGUCAACUCAGGGCAUUCAGAUUGA